AAGGUACCCAUCCCGGUUGGGUCACUGCCCAACUCCCUCCAAUACCUAAAGUUGGGAACAACCUACAAUCAACCAAUCCUUCCGGGUGUGCUGCCCAACAGCCUCAUCUAUCUAAAGUUUGGUCACUUCUUUGAUCAAAGCAUUGCCGUAGACUCCCUCCCUACAUCUUUAACCACCCUGAGGUUUGGCUAUGAGUUCGACAAACGACUUCCCCUUGGAUCACUACCUCAAAGCAUCACCUUACUGUCAUUUGGCAACUAUAACCAUCCAAUCGAGCCUGGUUUUCUACCUAUCUCGCUCACAUCCCUUAAGUUUACCAACUUGUUUAAUCAAUUGAUUGAAGUUGACACUCUACCAACCUCGCUUACAGAGUUGUCAUUAAGUGAUUGUUUCAAUCAAUCUAUCGUUCCAGGUUCCCUACCUCGAUCACUCAAAACUCUCCUCUUUGGUAAACAUUUCAACAUGCCACUCAAUCCAGGCGAUCUGCCAGACUCCCUGAUCACCCUGGACCUCGGGGAGACGUAUGAUCAACGCCCAUCACGCAACGUCUUCCCAAAGUCACUCACAAGAUUGGCAUGGCUACGUAAGAGAUCAAUGAAGACUACCGACUUGCCACCGUCCAUCACCAGCCUCGCCCUGGGAAGGAAGCCCAACCAGCCCUCCACAUACCCUCCCGCAUUGGUGGAGCUCACAUUCAAUCUUAACUUUGACAUCAUCAUCGAAUCACUGCCAUCCACUUUGACCAAGUUGACACUUGGUGGAAACUUUGAUCGUUUCAUUCAACGAUUCUCACUUCCAAAAUCAUUGAUCACGAUCAACUUUGGUCCAUACUUUUCCAAACCGCUUAUAGAAGGUAUGUUACCGGAUGGAGUGAGGGAGAUUAACUUUGGAAGAUAUUUCAAUCGUCCUUUGAUCAAUCUACCAUCAUCACUACAACAUCUUUCCACUGGCAUUGAUUUCAAUCAAACAAUCAUUGAGUUGCCACAUGGUUUGAAGUCAUUACACUUCCAUUACUUACCAGUAACCGAUGGUAAAUGUGUGUUGGCGAUGUCCAAGUCCCCUCCAACAGUGGACACCGUUACCAUGCACAUUCACUACUUCCAGUCCAUUGUGAAUGUACCCGCUCUACCAAUGAACACAAGGACUUUGAAUGUGUUUGUUGAGGUCAGAUACUCUCACAAGACGGUGGAUCUCAGAGCAGCGGGUAUUCGGUCCAUCACCAGAGUGAUGUCGAGCGAGCCAACCAUCAUGGAUUACAAGAUCACAUUUCAUCGUAUGUUGCUUCAUCAGGAGACAGUCAAGAAGAUCGCGGUCACACUCAGAGCACGAAGAAUGGACAAUCAUUGCAUAUUGGUGGUGGUCAUUGAUGUUUGUCCAAAGAAUUCCAAAGGACUAAUUAUUCGCACGAUUGAUAUAAGAGAUGAGUUGAUU